GCGACCACCACCUGCACCCCGUCCUUGGGUCCUCCCGUCCGCACCCAACCUCCACCAUUUCGUCCUACUUCAUCCCCGAGAACAUCUUCUGUGCGAACAGAGGACUUUUCAUGCUUCGACCUCCACACAAUACACAGGCCAUAAAGUUUUUUCACCGCAACCCGCUUCUUAGUUCUCGCUGAAAUUGCCCAAUAUGGCUGGACCCAUUGUUAACAUUCGUCGCGAUGUCGAUGACAAGUUCUACCGCUACCGCAUGCCACUCCUCAUGACCAAGAUUGAGGGCAAAGGCAACGGCAUCAAGACCGUCAUACCGAACAUGUCGGACGUAGCUCGCGCGCUCAGCCGUCCUCCGACCUAUCCCACCAAGUUCUUCGGUUGCGAGCUUGGCGCCCAGACGUCAUUCGAUGAGAAGAACGACCGCUACAUUGUCAAUGGCGCGCACCAGGCCGAUCGCAUGCGCGAGCUGCUCGAUAACUUCAUCGAGAAGUUCGUGCUGUGCAAGUCAUGCAAGAACCCGGAGACGGACCUGAUCAUCACCAAGACGGACGACAUCAUCCGCGACUGCAAGGCCUGUGGCCAACGCACGGGCGUCGACAUGCGUCACAAGCUCACGACCUUCAUUCUGAAGAACCCGCCGAAGAAGUCGAAGAAAGCGAAGGGCAAUACGGCCGAGGCUGCCCAGCCCGACGCGAUCAACGGCAACGGUCACGCAAACGGCGAUGCCAGCCCCGUCGCGGACGACGAUGCCGAGAGCGACGACGAGCUCAGCAAGCGCAUCAAGGCGGAAGCUGCGGAGCUUGCUCAGGAGAGCGCGCUCGCUAAGGACGAUUGGUCUGCGGACACGUCCGAGGAAGCCGUUAAGGCUCGCAUGGCGAAGAUGGGCGCUGCCAUGGGCAACCUCAACUUGGGAGAUGACAGUGAAGGAGAAGACGAGAACAGCCCUUACGCCCAGCUUGGCCACUGGGUCUCCGAGAACCGGGAUGCGGGUGCGGUUGCCGUCUUCAAAAAGGUGCAAGACCUGGGGCUUGAGAAGAAGCACAAGGCUGUGCAGGUUCUCGUACAGACCCUCUUCACCGAGAACAUUGUUCAGGAGGUGGAGACGUACGCACCUGUUUUCGCCAAGAUGGUCACCUCUGAGAAGCACCAGAAGUCUCUGCUAGGCGGCCUGGAGCGUUUUGUCGGCUACGACCAUCAAGACCUCAUUCCUGCCAUCCCAAAGAUCCUCAUGGCCUUCUACCAGGUGGACGUGCUGGAUGAGGAUGUUGUACAGCAAUGGGGCACCCAUGUCAGCAAGAAGUAUGUUGACAAGGACACCAGUAAGAGAGUCAGGAAAGCCAGUGAGCCAUUCCUCAAGUGGUUGGAGGAAGCGGACGAUGACGAGGAAGAGUGAGCGGGUCGGUACAACGUACUUACAUUCCAUGUGUGCGGAUGACAGAGGUCCCGAGACCGUUGAGAUCGUCGCGUUCCGUUUAUCAAAAUGUUUCCUCCUCUGUGUAAGACCCGUUCAGAAUCUCAGAACCACUACGUG